AUGGCUAAAUCUGGAUUUUUGACAUUCGACAGCUUUACCCUGGGCCGAUUCGUGUCUUUUACAACGGACGGUUGUCCGGACGGUGCCUUACAAAUAUCGGAAUCCAAUCGACCCCAGGUGGGGGGCUCUUGGUGCGGGACCUCCUGGGGCCCCGCGAUCUACUACAGCGAAACCAAAAGUGUUACCGUUUCCGUCAAUCUCUUUCGUCUCUCGAAGGUUGAAAAUGGAUACAACUUCGACUAUAGGAUGGAGUACAAGUUUUUGAAGAGGAAAGCUGCCAUUGUUCGAUAUGGAGGAAGUCAACCUCCAUCUCUGUUCAACAUCACGGAGCCUAGUACAGCAGCGGAUCCGGAGCCAGAAUACUAUUUAGGUGAUUUAAUAUCUGGAACUUAUUGUUCCCGUAUUUUCAGCGACUGUGAUAGGAAACACUGCCGUCUACAGUCCCCCAACUUUCCGGGGAUCUACCCUCGAAAUCUGACGUGCUACUACGCUGUCAGGCAGCACGAGAUACCACCAGGCAAACACGCGCUAAUAACAGUUCGCCAACCAAAAGGUCAGCUCAUCUCCAUACGCAGCCAAGCAGCACUAUUCGGUACAGCAACACCAAGCGAGAUAAAGGUCUGGGACGCAUGCGAUGACGUCCAAGACUACGUGACAGUGUACGAUGGGUACACAACGAGAGAUCCAGUGAUUCUUAAAUUCUGCGGAGGAGGUGAAGAGGUUCCUCCUGCAGUAUCCAGCGGGCAUGAACUGUUGGUGGAGUUUUCAUCUUCUCCGUAUGGAACUUUUCUACAUCCUACGCCGGUGCAGGCGUUGCAUGGGUUUCAGCUGGAAGUAGAGGUUACCUUCGUAGACCAACAAUCCCCAUCGUUCACCAAACAAAAGCGCAUGUGCGAGUUCUGGGUACGUGGCACCAACCGAGGCGUCUUGGAGAGUCCAAUCCAUUCAGUACCAGCUAACACCACCUGCCUAUACCAUCUCCAAGGACUCGACGCGUCCAUUUCACCCACCCCUCCGCCGCCACAUCGAACGCGCUAUCCAGACUGGAGGCAUGUGGGCAUGAUACUGCCUCCUCCGCGAUACAGAGUAUGGUUAAGUGUUCUAAAGUUCCACGUGGCCAGUGCGUGGGAUCCAAAGAAGGCAGACCAGGUUUGUAGGAGUUAUUUGAACGUUUGGGAUGGCCAACUGUGGACUCCGUCGAAUUGUGAUGGAUUGUAUUGCAGCAGCGGUAAAGAAAGGUCGAAGGGCCGACAGAACACCAGCGGUUCCCAAUCAUCGUCCACCGGAGGCGGCAGCAGCAAGAAGAACGUCACCUUGCUGGCCCGCUACUGCAGAGAGCACGUGCCGAGAAGCUGCGACCACUCUCUCUUGGGGAACGCGACCAGAUUCCCCAGACCGUGCACGCUGGCCGAGAGCUUUCUCACCUCCGGGGACAGCCUCACUUUGGAAUUGAAGUUGGCUGAUUCUACGGCCUUGAAACCCGUCGCGUUCAAGGCCCUCUACGAAUUCGUCGACCUGCACUUAGACGGCGAGCCCUUCGGCGAAGGGCCGUGCUCCAGGAGGUUCGGCAACGUCGCAUCACGCACCGUCGGCGCGGGAGCUUCAGCAGGAAUGGGAGGAAUAGACGAGUCCCAGCAGUUCAGAUCGCCUCGAGAUGUGUUCCUUUAUGGCAGAGGAGGAGCCAGAAAUAUUAGUUGUGUUUACCGCUUUGAAGUAAAAAAGGACGAACGCAUCAAAAUCACCAUCACCGAAAUGAUCGUGAAGAACCGCCGCUGCGAAACAGUCAUCAGCAAAGACACCAACCAACUCGAAUGCUUCGGCAACACUUCAGCUACCCUCAGGUUCUACGAAGUUCCUUGGCAUGAUGUGCCAGGUGUUCCGAAAGACUGUCUAUGUGCUGUUGAUAAAAGUCGGUUAAUUCCUUUUACGUAUUUCUCCACGUCCAACGUUGUGGAAUUGAGGUUCAACGUUGUUGGUAUGAACGCUUCGGAUGAUUUUGAUACGCUGUUUUUCGAGGGGCAUUGGAAGUAUAUCAAGACGCCCAGCUGCCAUAAGAAUUUGAGGUAUCGGGGAGCCAGUGGGGAGGUGACGUUUAUACAUCCAACUCCAUAUGACGAGGCCAAUUGUGAAUCGAAUCCGAGAGUGAUAAUCCCUGGAUUGAACAAAUAUUUGUACGUCAAAAUCAGCGGUUCCAUCAUGAAACACUCGACCAGAAAGGGCAACUCUACCCUUCGGACAAUUAUUACGGGUCAAAAAUGUGACCAUUCCAAUAGAAUUAAGGUUCACACUGCGCUAUACUCUGCUUUAAUAUGCCCCUACGAGUCUUCCUACCGUCAACACCUCGUAGAAGUAUUCUCCGAGGGAUGGAACAUUAAAAAAGAGGAUAAAGCCGUAGAUGGCAUAGCUUUGGAUAAAAUUGAAAUUGACCGACUGGGAAUCGAGUUGUCUAAAACUAUUGUGUUGGAGUUUUAUGGAAAAGAGGAAGCGGAGUAUUCGGUUAACUGGUUGGAAUUGUCUAGAAGGAGAGACGUUCCUCCAAACGGCCUGGGUCUAUUUAUGAUGAGACCAGACGAAUGCCAGUACCGCUGCCCAGAAUUGGACGCCUGUAUCAAUGCCAGCGUGUGGUGUGAUGGAGUAGAAGAUUGUCCUUCGGGAGUAGAUGAAGCCAUAACCCAUUGCUCACUCAUAUUGCAAUUACCGCCAGUAUAUCUAUUCUUUGGUGCUUUAGGAGUUAUUCUCUCUAGUUUUCUUACGGGUGUCAUUCUCUGGAAAACCUGUCGACGAAGACCAAGAUCAAUUCUUCAAACUCGUCUCAAAAGUUUGUCUUCCGACACUGCCAUCAUCGACGACCGCGAUAUAAUUUGCUGACACAGCGACAAUUCUGUGCGGUACGUAGAAAUCGACAGAGUGACGACUGUCUGACGCACAAAUUUCUACCUAUCGCGCGGAAUUGUGAUUAGCAAAUCUUUUUUAUACGGUUUGGUGUCGAUCUCGAAACUGGGCGGUUUGUAAUUUAGGGUUUUCAAGUUGUUUUGCCAAUGAACAAUCGAAGUAGUUUGCUUUUGUGCCAAUAUAAUUAAAUAACAAUGACAACAAAAGCUCUAGCUGAAGACAAAAGACUUACGAUGUAAAGAAAUCACUGCUCAUAUAAUCUUAAGAAACUAUGUGCGAAAAGGUAAGUAUCCACUACAUUGGCGCUCCGCGCUCCCUGUAACUGCUCCAAUCGAUAAGGCAUGCGCUCCUCUGUACAUAUAAAGGGCCACUGAUUGUGGGUGCACUGUCGCACGAUCCUGGAGCGCCAACGUACCCACUAUGUGAAGCAGGUGCAGGAGCGUAGAGCGCGACCAUAAUGAAUACGUGCCUUAAAACAUGAACUGCCGAAAAGAAAAGUAACGCAAUUACAAAAGCUAGUUCCUGACGCGAAUCCAUUUUGAAGGGUGGAAAUAGGUAUACGCACGAUGAAAUCACACAGUGGGCUAUGUGUUGACUUUCUAAUCGACACUAAAGCGAGACUAAAGUCACCAGCGAGGCUCCCAUGCUGAUCUCGAGAUCGCAAUUGAUCUCAAAUCGACAACACCUUGAGACUAAUCUCGAGAUUUUAUCCCAAGUGGACAGUCAGCUUUAGAUGUAAAUUAGACCUGGGGGGUCAGAUAAUAGAACAAGUGGUGGAGUUUAGGCAUCACAGUAUCUAUAAAAAAAAGCCACGGAAAGCUCGAAACAGAAGUGGAAGAUUAAAUGAAUAGAGCAAACAGAGCCACAAGUUGCCUGAAUGCCACAAUAUGUAGAAAUAAAAAUAUCGGAAAAGAAAUGAAAGGCAGAAUUUACAAAACAGACAUCAUAACAAUAAUGACGGGGCAGAAACACGACUUGACACAGAGAGGACCAAAAGAUUGAUCGAAACACGGAUAUGAAAACCCUUCGAAAAGUCGAUGGUAUGACACUAUGUGACAGAGCUCUAAGCAUAGGCGUAACCAGGGGGGGUUUUGGGGGUUAUAACCCCCCAUUGGGAUGUACUUUGAGCUCUAUACGCUUAACACCAUAGCCCUCAGUACCCUCAACUUCCAGUAGUUGUAACCCCCCCUUUCAGGUAGUUGUAACCCCCUCCUAGGAUCAUCCUGGUUACACCUAUGGCUCUAAGUACGGAUAUAUGACGGAGAUGCAAGAUGGAGAACAUUAAUAAUUCGAUAAGAAACAGGACAGCAGAAUAGAAUGUAAUGAACGAGUAGAAUAGAGUAGUAAGGACAGCGAGAGACGGUUCUCCAAUAGGAAGAUGAUCAGUGCUAAGAACAUGAAAACGAUGAAACGACAAUUUACUGGAGGCUCCAGUAAGUAGCACAAAAAACAGAUAGAGUCAUGUCAAUACAAAAAGAACAAAAAGAAUAUUUCUUCUUAUUAUUCUUAUUUUGCUUGUUGACUUUCAGAAAAAUACUCGCUCCUUCUCUAUAAGGUGUCUACCAACUUUGUCAUGCCGUUACCUUUGACAUGAUUUACAUAACGUGUAAAGGGCCUUCUUUGCGAUUAUUUGCCAUUAAUUUUACCCCCUAAGAUCAAUUUUCAAAAUUCUGAAGGCCACUUUUUAAUAGUUUUUAAUGUUAAGUACCAAUCAGUUAGGCUAUCUAUCAAACUCACGGUCAAAAUAAUGUUAUUAGUUUAUUAAAAUAUAUUCAACACCUUAUAUUUUAAAACAGAAACAGAACUUGUCACAUUUGUUUAUAGGAACUUUUAAUCUCAAAAUGGAUGGAUAAAUUGAUAACAACAAUGUAAUAAUUUACAUCAUAACUUAAAUCGAUCAGAAACACCCCAUACAUUUUUUGAAAGUCAUAUAAUUAUUUUUAGCAUGAAUUUAGCGAUGUUCAAAUUCAUAAAAGAGUGUUCUUUUUCAUUUUUUCACUUAUGCUCAUUUAUUUUAAUGUUUUUGAUUACACAAAUCACCUUGGUUUAGUAAAUCUUGCACAAAUAACACGUGAGUAUUAUUAUUAUUUUAUGUGUAGCAAUGGUUGUCUAUUUACUAGUAAGUCUUUGUAUUUCCAUUUAAAAUUGAAAUCAAGCACCAGCCUCCUAAGGUCAGAAUCCAUUGUGACAAACGUGAUAUAUAUAUACAUAAAGACAGAAAAUAUCAUCAUCAUCUUCAUCAUCAGUGGCAUCACAGAACCAAAGCCUUAUUGUUUAAUCUCAAAUAUUCCUCAUUAAUAGCUUCGUAAUUAAACAAUAUAAAAUCACACCCAGUAUAUCAAAGCAAAGUUAAUGUCAUUGUACACCACGAGUACGCUCCAGUAAAAUUCGGUGCAUAAACAAUAUAUUUGGAAACGACACAAAAUCGCUGACUAAGUAAAACUAACUACCUUUGUUUGGUGUAAGAAACAAUAGGGGCUCGUGUCAUCGAUAACCCAAAAUUAGAAUCUAUAAAACUAUGGUACAGUUUACCGAGAGAAUGAUUAUCAGUUUAACCGUCAAACCAGUCGCGCAGUAAGGCUCCGUCAAUCAGUAGAAAUUUGGCUAUCCACGUUGGGCGCCACUUAUGUGCGGCAACCUUAGGUGCCUAUAAAGUGGCAACAGCCUGAAGGUCCCGACAUAUAUGAAAAGUGCACCGUUGCUCUUUAAAGUAUUCGGAGGGGUCGGGGUCGAUAGAUAAAGAAGUUGAAGAAAAUUGAAAAGAAGACGAAGAAGAAGACGAAAAGUUGGGCGCCAACUUAAAUGCGUAGGAUUUUACCUUACCUUACCUUCUAGGUACAAUCGAACAGGAACUAAAUGAUGUCCAAAUUACUCUAUAAAAUUAUCUGAAAUGUAGGUAGGUGGAUUAAAUAAAAAAAAUUAAAGAUAAUAAAAAAUGACAAUCGUAAUAAAAGUGACAAUUACAAGUUAAUUUUUUUAUAUCUUUAAAUAAAAUCAUUUUUUUUCGUAAAAUUGAGGCUUAUUUUCCAUUGAAAAUAGUUGAUAUUUAACGGGUUUGUGUUUUCUAUCUUGUUUGACUAUUUUAUGUUUAGUUUUUUUUGUUGCUUUGCUACAUUGUUGUUAAGACUUUUGUAUACUCGUAAAAUAAAUUAACAAUAAUUGUCAUUUUUCUUACGAUUGUCAUUUUUUUAAUAUUUUAUUUAAUCCACCUACAUUUCAGAUAAUUUUAUAGUCAUUUAGCUAUAGCCCAGGACGCAUCUCUCCAUAAUUAAAUUUCCUACAAUAUAGAAUUGGUUACAAAUUUAAAAAAAUGUCACCCUUAUUGCAAAAUAGCAAUAAUUGCGAAAAAAAAAACAUACAAAAACAAGUAUUCGCAUUUUACGUUUUUCAACCAUUUAUGCUACACUUAGGACCUUCAUAUUUUAUCCAGAAAAACUUUAU